GUAAUUACGUAAUAUAUACGUUAUGAUACAUAGAUAGCUACUAUAUAAUAUAAUAUAAAUAUAUAUAUGUAUUGUAUUGAUAUAUGUAAUAUGUAAUUAUAUAUAGGAAGCUUAACUAUGUGCCUGCACACAAGACAGGACAAGACAAACCCCAAAAUAAAAUUAUUUAUAAUCGAUGGCCAUCACUAUCACCAAUUUUUCAGUAAUCUAUAACAUAACUACCAACCAGCAAAAAUGGCACCAUCUACAGUUAUAUGUAUUGGUAUGGCCGGGUCAGGAAAGACCACGUUUAUGCAAAGACUAAAUUCUCAUUUACAUUCAAAAAAGACUCCUCCUUAUGUAAUAAAUUUAGAUCCAGCAGUAUUAAAAGUACCAUUUGGAGCAAAUAUUGAUAUAAGAGAUUCAGUAAAAUAUAAAAAAGUUAUGGAAGAAUAUAAUUUAGGACCCAAUGGUGCUAUUGUGACUUCUUUAAAUUUAUUUGCUACUAAAAUUGAUCAAGUAAUUAAAUUAGUUGAAAAGAGAUCAGAUAAAGUUAAAAAUGUUAUAAUUGAUACUCCAGGACAAAUUGAAUGUUUUAUUUGGUCUGCCAGUGGUUCAAUUAUUACUGAAGCAUUUGCUUCAACAUUUCCAACCGUUAUAGCAUAUAUUGUUGAUACUCCAAGAAAUACAUCUCCUACAACAUUUAUUUCAAAUAUGUUAUAUGCUUGUUCAAUAUUAUAUAAAACAAAAUUACCAAUGAUUGUAGUAUUUAAUAAAACUGAUGUUAAAAAGGCUGAUUUUGCCAAGGAAUGGAUGCAAGAUUUUGAAGUAUUUCAAGCAGCAUUAAAGGAAGAUCAAGAUUUAAAUGGUGAAGAAGGUACAUCAUCAGGUUAUAUGAGUUCAUUAGUUAAUUCAAUGUCUUUAAUGUUAGAAGAAUUUUAUUCUCAAUUAGAUGUGGUAGGAGUUAGUGCAUAUACUGGAGAAGGAUUUGAUGAAUUUCUUGAUGCUAUAGAUAAUAAAGUUGAAGAAUAUAAUGAAUAUUAUAAAGCUGAAAGAGAUAGAAUAUUAAAGAAAAAGGAAGAAGAUGAAAAGAAACGUCAAGCAAAAUCUUUAGAUCAUUUAAUGAAAGAUUUAGAUAUUAAAGAUAAAAAGAAUAAAGAUAGUGAUGUAUUAUCUGAUUAUGAAGAUGAAGAAUUUGAUGAUGAAAAUAAUGGUGAAGUAUUACGAGAUGAAGAUGAACCAGAAAGAGAAUAUACAUUUCCAGAAGAUCGAAAUUCUGAAAUUAAUAGUAAAAAUGAUGCUGAUUUACAAGCUAGAUAUCAAGCAGCAUUUGAAGCAACUGCCAAGGAUGCAUCUAGUAAAACUUUGGAAACUAUGGCGGAAUAUAUAAGACGUUGAAUAGAAUGAAUGUAUAUAUAUAUAUAUAAUAUAACUAAAUAAAACUUUAAUUGUCAGGA